AUUACUAGAUGGUUUGUAGCUUCGUGAUUGUGUGUAGGAGGAUGAUGUAAAAAGCAGUAACGCCAGAGUCUGGACUCAUAAACUGUCAAACACACAGAGGGACUGAAACUGACUGAUACUUAUUUAAUUCGGUUCUGUACAACAGCUGUUUUAUUGGGCAUGGAGAAACCAAAGCAGGAUCCCUUCGACAGAGCCAGACUGCAGGUGAUUAAGGACGGCUAUGAGCGAGCAUUUGAGUGCAUUAACAGGGCUCUUUCUGAGGAUGAGGCGGGAAACAAGACCCAGGCUCUGGAGCUUUACCGUCAGGGACGUCAGCACCUUCUCCGAGCUCUCAGCGUGCCCACACGGGGAGACGAGUGCGUCGGCGCUCAGUGGGAUUCGGCCCGGCAGAUGCAGCAUAAGAUGCAGGAGACGCUGAACAACAUUAUGUCUCGAUUAACAAUGCUGGAGAAUAGCACGGCUCCUUCGGCUGCUCCUCCUGUCCUGCAGAGACCGGAGAACGAAGCGACUUCUCCAAACCUGUAUCCUACACUCCCUACAAGACCACCGCCACCCACGAUUCUGUUCCCCAGCAGCCAGGCCACAGGAAGCGAACAACCUCCCGCGUACUCGCCGCAAGCUGCUGAUGGACACGUCAGUAUUUCGUAUGGAACAGCUGCAGGAGAGCUGUCUCUAGUCGGGGACGAGUUCUACAGCCACGCGUCCAGCUCAAGUACCUCGCCACAGAUCCUGGGGGAAGACGGAGAGGAGCUGUUUUUCCUGCCUAAUGGUGUCCAGAUCUUCUUCGUCACCCCCGAUGGACAAGUGAGCGCACCCUCUUACCCAGGAUAUCUGCGCAUUGUGAAGUUCACCAAUGACUGCUCGGAGACGACGCCCACCAGGCCACCCGCCUUCCUACAGGUGUGUGACUGGCUUUACCCCCUCAUGGCCACUGACUCUCCAGUCCUGCUGUGUAACACAGGAGUCUACAUGUUCCCUGAUCUGAUGGCUCCCUCUCCGGGCUACUACGUGGGUGUGGUGCUGUCCUCCGAACUGCCCAUCUCGGAGCGUGACCUCUUCCAGGACGUCCUGUCCCAGCUGACAGACCUGAGAGUCCAGCCGUCCGGAGAGGCAGCGGACGCUAUUAACCUGCCUCAGAAGGUGCACAUAGAGCCAGCGGUGCCUGAGGUGGCACCCCCUACUGAGGAGGAGAAAGCACUGCCUGAGUGGAGUGAGAAAGUGGCUCAUGGGAUUCUUACAGGAGCUUCCUGGUUGAGCUGGGGAUUAUCAAAGGGAGCCGAGUACACAGGGAAGGCCAUCCAAAAAGGAGCAUCCAAACUGAGGGAACACAUCACACCCGAUGACACCCCAACCCAAGUCAGCCCUACGGUCACUAAAAGCCUCCAUGUAGCCAAGCAAGCCACAGGAGGAGCUGUGAAAGUCAGCCAGUUUCUGGUGGAUGGGCUGUGCACCAUCGCUGGGCACGUGGGCAGAGAGCUGGCGCCUCAUGUAAAGAAACAUGGCGCUAAGCUGAUCCCAGAGUCCAUGAAGAAAGACAAGGAAGGACGAUCCAAUAUUGAUGGCGCCAUGGUCGUAGCUGCAAGUGGAGUUCAAGGAUUUGCCACGAUGUGGACAGGCCUGGAAACCGCAGCCAAGAACAUCGCAAAGAGCGUCGCGACCGAGACCGUCACCACCGUCAAGCACAAGUAUGGGGCAGAAGCAGGGCAGGCCACAGACCACGCCGUCCUCUCCGCCAUUAACAUGGGGAUCACCGCCUUCAACAUCGACAACCUGGGCAUCAAGGCCAUGGUGAAAAAGACGGGGAAAGAAACGGCACAGGCCAUCCUGAAAGACUACAAAGUGCAAGAGGAGGCGGAGACGAAGAAACCAGAGGAGGAGAAGCCCAAAGAGCAGAAAUAGACUGCGGUCACAUAAUGGACAGGGUUCUGCUUUGAAUGUUUAUCAUCGUGGUGGACUUAAUACUGACCUGCUUUGGUUUAUUUACAAAAAAAAAAUAACCUCUCACUGUUUUAUUAUUAUUAUUAUUAUUAUAUUACCAACAUGCUGCCUAUAACUUAGAGUCCGGGUCUAUUUUUAUAUACCGAUAAACUCCUCUUUGUAAGAAUCCUCACAGGUUUUAAAGAUCUCCAUCAUUGCCUUAUUCUCGGCUCGCUGUGAAACUUUAAUAGAUGGUAAUCUUUGGGGUUCAGGUUUACUUUGGCCUUUAUUUGUCAGAGUUAUGACUCAAAUCUCAUUUUCACUGGUCAUCUGUUUCCUCACCACUGGAUCUGGAGGUCAGGUCACGUUACAUUUGAGCAAACCAGGAUUUGUGGUUAAAAGGGAUUUAAUUAAAACCAGGUUAUUUCAUUCAGAUCUAUAUAGAGCAUUUAUGUUGAUAAGACCAAAGGAUCUAGCGUGCUUAUUAAGUUUAUCUAAGACUCAGUCUCAGGAGGAAAAAGCUGCCAGAGUAAGUAAAAGCUGCAACAGGAAAGUUGACAGAUUAUCAAUACCAUAAGCAUUUUUAAAAAGUUUUUUUAUUUUCAAUGAAACGUGAGUCUUUAUAGCUGCUAAAAUAGAAGCAAAUGAAAUAAGCUUCCGUGGACGUUCUACUUUAAACACAACUAGAAAUGGAUAAAACUGGCGUCUUCAGUCAAUAUAUUUCAGUUUGUAAUCUUUCUGCAGAGUAAAAACGAACAAAAAUACCUAUUUUUCCCCUAAAAACACACCCUGUCGUGUCUUAUUCCGCAUAUAGACAUUUAUAGACUUUUUUUGACUUAUGCAUGCAGUAUACUUCACCCUUAAAACAUGAUUAAUGUUAAAAUGCAUUUAAAAUAAAGUUGUCGUAACAGCUGCAACUGCAUUCGCAAGGAAGCUUCAGAUGAAUUUAAUGUCGUAAUUGCGCAAGAUGGAAAACUGGUGCUUGUUAAUGUAAUAUGCAAAUUAGGGAAGAAGGGGGCGGGGUCUUGCGCUGAAAUUGAAAUUCUCGAUCAUUCCAAUGUCAGAACAAUUUCAUCAAUGGUGUGUGUGUGUGUGUGGUUCAGGUAAUCAGACUUAUUUGACGAAUAAGGGCCAAAGUUAUUUAGCAGUCCACGUUAAACUGCUAACAGUUUAGUAACAUUUCUACAAAUGUUCAUGUCCUGUGUCUCAAUGCUGCACUAGAGAUAUAGAUUAUAGACGAGAGAUUUCUAUAUUUAAAUGCUUUAUUUAUGAAGAUGUGUUCUAACUCUCUAUCAUUUCAUCUGUUUUCAAGCUUUAAGUCUAUUUCCAAGCACUUUACACUGUUAGGAAAAGAUGAAAUUCAAAGGAAAGUGUAUUAGAUAUCUUUUUAAAGUUUUAUUUCUGACUACUAACAACAGAGAGAAAUAAUAUAUUUGAAAUGUUUAGAUAUUUUAAAUGGAACUAAAGCUAAUAUUUUAUUCGCUAUGCAGUUUUUCCAGGGUCAGGAAAUGAACAUGUGUGUGUGUGUGUGUGUGUGUCCCAGUUUGGUGCAGUUAUUAUAAUAUUUUAUUUCCAAGCUAGCAGGAAUGAGAAAUAGUCAUUUGAUUGACAGCUAGCUGAGCUGUGUAUGUGUACACCAACAUUCAGACAGUGCCAGACAUGACUACAGACAAGCUCAGACUCCUGCUGUUCAUUGCAAAGGUCUCUGGGUAAAAAUAAAAUAAAAGAAGGAAACUAUUUACUCAUACUUUAAAAUUGUACAAAGAAAUCGACAAAUUGUGGUGAAAUUAAAACGUGGGUACAUUUUUUUUUUGGACAAAAACCCCAAACAAAAUCAGCAGGAAGUUACACAAGGACCCUCUUUUUAAAGUGUUUAUGAAAGAAAAAUUGACAAGCAUAGCACUGCAAUGGAAAACCACUUGAGUGUGUGUGUGUGUGUGUGUGUGUGUCCUUCCUGUUAAGUGCAGUCUUCCUGUGUAUGCAUUAGGUUUAUCUGCAGAUAAGUCAUGGUUAAAUAUUAAUAUAAUUAUCUGAUACAAUAAACUGAGCUACUCAAUCACACCA